CCGUAUGUCUCGGAUUCGGACAAAACCAGACAGAAAACAGAGAACAACGUCUUCUCUGUUUCUUUUUUUCAUGGCUAAAAUGCAUGCUCAUCCGAUCUGAUGUCCAUGGGUUGCUUCAACUCCAAACAUGGCGGUUCCGUGGCGGCGUUCUCCCCUGUUGUGGACUGCCCUGCAUCGGGCACCACCGAGAAUGGCACCCGUUUGACAUUUCCCAGCUCGUCGUCCAAACGCCAAUUGGAGAAUGCAAGAGACAACGAGAGAUUGGAGGGUAGCAAUCAUGCUUACGGAAAGCGUAGCUCUGAGUUGAGGAGAUCCAGGAAGGGGAGUUCGGGGAAGAAUGACGCUUUCAGCAUUAAAUUAGGCCUUUCACGGAGGAUCGUGGAGGCUGAACAGGUGGCUGCCGGGUGGCCCGCUUGUCUUAGUGCCGCUGCCGGUGAAGCAGUACAUGGGUGGGUGCCUCUCCGCGCUGAUGCUUAUGAGAAAUUGGAGAAGAUUGGACAAGGUACAUACAGCAGUGUGUUCCAGGCACGAGAAGUUGAAACUGGGAAAAUGGUUGCCUUGAAGAAGGUUCACUUUGACAACUUUAAACCAGAAAGCAUUAGGUUUAUGGCUCGGGAAAUAAUGAUUCUCCGAAGGCUUGAUCAUCCAAAUGUCAUGAAACUUGAGGGGAUAAUCACCUCUCCAAUUUCAAGCUCCCUUUACCUAGUGUUUGAAUACAUGGAUCACGAUCUUGCCGGGCUAAGCUCUUGUCCCUAUAUCAAGUUCAGUGAAGAACAGGUUAAGUGUUACAUGAAGCAGCUGCUAUGUGGACUUGAGCAUUGCCACCUGAGGGGUGUAAUGCACCGGGAUAUUAAGACAUCAAACAUUUUGGUAAGCAAUCAAGGAAUUUUGAAAAUGGCAGAUUUUGGAUUGGCAAACAUCAUUACCUCAAAGAACAGACAUCAAUUAACGAGUCGUGUGGUAACUCUAUGGUAUCGUCCUCCUGAACUUCUGAUGGGCUCGACAAGUUAUGAAGUCUCUGUUGAUCUAUGGAGCGUGGGAUGCGUCUUUGCUGAGCUUCUUAUGGGAAAGCCUCUCCUUACAGGCAGAACAGAGGUUGAGCAAUUGCACAAAAUCUUCAAGCUUUGCGGGUCACCACCAGACGAUUACUGGAAAAAGAUUAAGCUUCCUCAUUCACCCAUGUUCAGACCUCAACAUCCAUACCAAAGUUGUCUUCGUGAAAGGUGUAGAAAUGUACCCGAAACUGCAAUUGAUUUAUUGGAAACUCUUCUUUCCAUUGAACCACAUGAACGAGGGACUGCCUCCUCUGCCCUAAUGUCUAAGGUAACCCCUAACAAAAAUUUGAUCCAGAGUAAAAACUAGGGGCAUAUUUAGAUUGCUACAACUUUUUCAUAUUUUCCUACCCACUGACUCUUUACCAGUACACAUCACUACUGCUCUGAGUGUUGCCAUAUGAUCUCUUAUUGCUUUUCCAGUAUUUCCACACGAAACCCUACGCCUGUGAUCCAUCAAGUUUGCCAAAGUAUCCACCUAACAAAGAAAUGGAUGCAAAGCAA